AUGCUUCCAUCGCGCUUCCAGACCCGAAGUCUCCUGCCACCGCUCUGUGCUGUUACGGUGGGAAUACGCGGAGCUCCACCCAGCCUGCCUCGGCGCUUGUCGGGCCCAGAGGCACUGUGCGCCCUGUACUGUAUGUCACUGUGCCCCAGCGCAGGUGAGCAGGUCUGGCUCGUCGGUCGGGGUGUGAUUCCUCCCCGUGGAGACACAAUCCUCUCACGGGAUGACACCGACACCGAGGCUGGAGGACGUGUGAGCGCAUGUGAGGCGGGCGACCGCACAGGUCAGGCAGAGGUGCAUGAAGGUGAGUGCAUCAAGAGGCGCGAAUAA